UUGUAGUAUGUCUGUUCAGUAUAGUGUAGCAGCUGGUUUCUUUUUGUAAAAACAGCAUAUUGUUGAUGCAGAGGCAGUAAAGCGCGAAAAAUAAUGCAACUGCCGGAAAUCAGAAGCAGAAGAAGAAAAACAAGUCGCGGUAUUGUGACGUCAUAUUGUCGCGCAAGCACGUUGCAUAGUGGGGAACCUGAUAGUGAGUAGACGUCUGAUUCUUUCUGGACGUUUCGGAACUUUGUAAAUCAUUGUCAUUUAAUUUGAUAAAAAAGAGGAAUAUCAGCAACAUGUGGAUUUUGAUACCAGCGGAGCCAGGAGGUGAGACGCACUAUCUCCUCUCUGGUAAACAAUAUGUGGUGGGUCGUAAGAACUGUGAAAUCCUGCUGCCUAGUGACCAGUCCAUUAGUAGAGCCCACGCUCACCUCCUUGUUACUGAUCAGACUCUGACCCUGAGGGACACCUCCAAGUACGGUACUAUCGUCAACAGCCAGCGUCUGACAGAAAACAUUCCAGUAAACUUGAAAUCAGGGGACAGUGUUACAUUUGGAGUCUUUCAUUCCAAAUUCAGUGUGGCUCAUCAGAAGCCUGUUGUGUGUUCUUCUUGUUUGGACAACGGCGGCAAAGCUGCAAUCUCUCAGGCUCUGCAGCUGAUUAGUGGAAAGUUAGUCAACACGUGGAGUAAAGACUGUACCCACCUGGUCAUGCCUUCUGUGAAAGUCACCAUCAAGACCAUUUCUGCUCUGCUGUGCUGCCGUCCUAUCGUGAAGCCUGAGUUCUUCUCAGAGCUCAGCAAAGCAUUCCAGCAGAAGUUACCCCCUCCUAAAGCUGAGAGAUUCACCCCUGACAUUGAUGAGCCCAGUUUGAAUAAAGAGGAUGUUAAUCUGGGGCCGGAUGUCAAACGCAAACAGCUUUUUGCAGGAACUACCUUCAUAUUUCUCAAUGCUAAACAGCUCAAGCGUCUUAGUACAGUAGUAAGCUUUGGAGGUGGUUCAAGUCAACUCCUGGAGGAGGGCUCCCUACCUUGUGACCUCUUGGAGUCCUCACGGAGUUGCGUGAUAGACUUCAGCGCUGGCAGCUCCCAACCGGUGCUUCCAUCGUCUACCACAGUGUGGCAUGAUUCCAUUAAAAACAUCAUUCAAAGUAAAUGCCUUCGAGUUAUCACGGAGUCUGAAAUCGGAUUGGCUGCUAUUUAUGCCUCAUGCGACAAGUACUGCAACCCUUCCAGUUCAAUAAUCGACACAGUGACAAAGGUGGAGCCCAGAAUUCCAAGCGCAUCGCUGUCCCAGCAUUUUGCAGUGGAUGAGACUGUUUUACCUACAGCGUCACAGAACAUCACAGCAUACGUAAUCAACACAGAGACGUCACAAAUAACUGAGCGUUGCAAGGUGACUGGAAUUACAGCGGUCGGAGAAACUCCGGAGAAAAAGCACAACGGAACCACGAAUCAUCAUGAUGGUUCUAAAGCCACAACGCUGAAGAUAAUCACACAGUGCGUUGUGGGGAAUUCACUGAGCUCGUCAUUCAGCAUGACAGAGAACUCACCCUCCCAGAAGAAGAAGCAUGCGUCCAGAAUUACAGGCCAUCAAGAUUUUAACAAAACAACUUUCCAACCACCUUUGGCAAAGCCUGGUGUUGCUAAGAAGACAUCUCGUCAGAACGUCUCUCCAGCAGCGUCCCCACAAAAACAGCCAACAAUGACCAGUUUUUUUAAACCAGUUAACAAGAAAAGGCCAUUGGACGAGGAGCUCUCAGCUGUGAUGUCCGAGCCAAAGCGUUCUGUCCUGGAAUCCAACAUUAACACUACUUUAGCAUCUGAAAGCACCUCUUCAUGUCCAAACAAAGGCCCUGCAGCCACUUCACCGGAUCCCAUGGGCUCUGUCGAUGAUCUCUUUGUCAGUCUGCCACUGCCUUCAUCAGACCGUGCCUCCCACACCAGCAAAAAGAGAAAGGAGAUGGAAGAAGAAAUGGAUCUGGCUGAAUUGGAGUUCAUCAUGUCUGAGGGGAUGCACUCCUUAGAUGAGUCGCUAUCAGUUAGCCAAGCCCCGGAGGCAAGAAUUGAUACUUCUGAACCAACGUCAGAAACAGUGGAGCCUUCAAGUAAGAAGCAGCGUGUAGCUCGUGUUAAUGAUGACACCAGCAGCCAAAGGUCACAGUUGGGCCGGGAAAAAGUUCUACCGACAAAUCACAACCACCAAAUUGAGCUGCAAAUUGUCUCCAUGAUGAUGGAAGAGCCAUCAGAAGAGAGGACACAAAACCAAGACUCACCCAGCAGCAUGCGUCAGCUUGUUAAAGCUAACAAGGAAUUCUCCACUAAGAAUGUUGAGCCACUUAAAGAAGAUAUUUGUAUGCCCAAAGAAGCUGCAGUGUUUCAUCUUCUUCAACCUGUGACCGUCAAACGGGAGGAGGUGCAAGAAAACAAGCUGGAUGAAGACCACCCUAAAAACCUGAUUUUGGUGGAGUUUAGAUCCCUGACGGUGAAAGUGCCCAAAACUAAACCACAGCAGCUGCAGUCCAACGGCUUUGCAAAGAAUUUCAAAUGUUUCCGCAAGAUACAAGUGCCCGGGGCAGAGCGCUCAGCACACAUCAUCGGGGGGCCUGACAUGCUGGCUCACAACCGGGGCAAAAACUCUGAACUGGAUGAAUGGCUGAAAGAUGCCGUUGAGGAUGAGCGUCAGAGCAGACGGGAGGAAAGCCAAGGAGAUGACCUCUUUAGGUACAACCCCACCAAAUUAACCAGGAGAAGAUGAAACAGCUCCAUGCCAGUCCUGUCAGUAUACCAGAUAAGAUGCAAUGAUCAUGUACAUGUCCACUUACAAUAGGGGCCUGUAGCUUUAUUGUUUUCUUCCAAAAAAAAUACAGUUAAUAAAACCGAACAAAAAAAUACAUUAAAAAUAGAAUAGAAGGAGCAAACAUGUUGACUCUAAUAUACUUUUUACACUCAAAACACAACGCUGAAUGAAGUGCAGGCAGUUUUUUUCUUAAUUAUACACAACUCACAAAGGGUAUUGUGCUUUCAUGUGAAAUUUCAGCAUGACCCUAAAAUGCACUUUUAACUUUCUCAGGUAAAAGUAAAAGCUUAAUCUGACAUUCUCUAAACUUCUGAAUGCACAAGUCCAACAAUACAAGGUUUUAGUACUUUUUGCACAACUUAAAAAAUUCACAACGUUGUGUGAUCCUUGAAUGGACCAGUACAUAUUCAUACAAUGUAUGCCUUUAUGUGGAACAUAAACCUUAACCUAGUCCCUCUGUUGCAACCAGCUGAUGGCACUCUGUGGCCCUCUCAGCUCAUUGUUAAUUUCCCCCUGAGAACAUCCUUUUGAAGGCUGGGAAUGGCGAGGUAAUGUCGAUCAAUUGUUAUGUGUCAAUAUAACAAAAAACAGCAUGACGAAGAGGACUGAGAACAGGGCAUCUAAUGAUCACACAACUGCUGCGAAUUUCGCUAUUAAAAUUUUUUGUUAAAGAACAGCAAGUAAUAAACAGCAUUCAGAAGGUAAAGGAACAAGUGGUAGAAAAUAGAUGGAUGGAUGUUCCAGUAUAUUUAAGCUGUAUCCUGACAUUUAGUGAGUAUUGUAUAUGUGAUUGUUGGAUUGGUUCUAGCCUGUUAACAAAGUUAAAGACAUCGAAAUGGCACCUGCAUCCUCUGAUAUUCUAGUUUGUGUCCCUCAGUGGAAAAGGUUGUUCACCCCUGACUUACAUGUUCCCUGAUAAUCAAGUUAUUCUUUACACUGACCGCCACUGAAGCCACCAACGGCAAUUCAUAUAACAAAAUAUGGUCAAUCAAUUUAUUUUCGUCAAUGUUUCAUAUGUUAAUAAAAAAAAGAAUAAUGGCAUACAAAAAAUUACAAAGUCUUCAGUAGUACAAGAAAGAGUUAAAAAUGUACAUGCCAAGACCAGUUUGUCCUUAGACCAAAGUUGUCCCUGCUUUAGCAAGCGGAUGGAGACAAUAACUGCAAGUGUUGUUGCCAUAUGAGCAAUGUUUGCCACUACAGGGAUACACAUUUUAAUCAAUGUAUUCAUCAUUAACAACUCAGUUCUUCGCUGAUUGUGUUUUGAACAAAAAAUGGAAGUAACGUGGAGUAAGCAGCAAAGGAGCUCUGGUCAGUUUAAUCUAAUUUUCUGUAGUAGAAUGCGAAAUGGUAGAAAUAAAUAAUUGUUGAAAUGUUUUUUCUCCAUUUGUGCAUAUUUUAUUUAGAUUCUUGUGUUUUCAGAUUCAGUAUUUUAUACUAUUGCUGGGUUGCAAUCACGUGACACAGAGUACCAUUAGGCUACUGUUUAUUUACCUGCAUCAAUGCAAAUGUGGGUGUAUUUUGAAAGAUUUAGAAGCAAAUAUACAAGCCAGAUAUGAUUAAAACAUUUUAAAAUUGGAUGGCGCUGAUUAAUACACUCUUAAGAAGAAUUAUUUUUCAAGAUUUGAACUAUUCAUCAUCAUUAAAGUCGACUGCUCGACCGCUAGAGAUGAGAAUCGAAAACUGGUUCCCAAUUGAUCAAUUCCUUGGAAUCGCUUACCAUUUUUUCAAACGAUUCCAUUAAUGAUUCCUUUGUGUGGAAAUGACACAUUACACAACAUGCGCAGUGAGGUCUGACAGCAACAUGACGCCCUGGCCGCGGAAAAACUCCAAAGUUUUAGAAGAAAAUAUUGCAACAGCAUUACUUGUAAUCAUUGCAAAGUUGCUAUUUCAACAGGAGGAGGAUAUACAAGCAAUAUGUUGAAACAUUUGACAACACGGCUCGCAAUAACUGACAAUAUGGGUUUUAUGGACACAACAACGUCACAGACAGACUACAAUAUGGUUGGAACCUUGGCAAACACUUUACUAUGUGCUCAGGUCAUCAAAGUAUUCACUACAUAUAUACAACAUAGCUAAACAGGUGGCUGUCACUAUUGAUGUAUGACUCCUAAACUUGGAUGUUUGUUGGAAUAUCUUAUGCUGUGUUUGUAGUCUGGCCAUAUAUCCCAUGUCUGAUAAGUGCCAUGGUAAAUGCUGCAUUAAUGUGAAGGAAACAAUCUACUCUAAUUAAAUAGAAAUUCAGAAUAUAUUUCCCCAUUUCUAUUUAUUUAUGCCCUUUUUAAUUUUCCUUUUUUAUUAAAUGAUUUUAUCGAUGAUGUUUGAUAUUGCAUUCCUUCUACAUAAAUAAACGUUGAUUAUUGACAAAACUUGAAUCUGAGA